UGUUAAUACGACAAUUCAGGUUACCUACAGGCAGAUUAUUUAAAGACUGCAGCGAUAAAAGCUAUCAAAUCAACACGCUCACAAACUCUUUCACCAUGAGCGCCAACCCCGAGUCCGUUGCGAACCAAGGCCAAUUCCACUCAAGCGUGCCUCCGGCACACCCCCUGACGACCUCUGGCCAUCAACUCGGCCAGCAAGUCGGCAACGAAGCGGCCCCCGAGUUCCGCGCCAAGACAUUCCCGCCGGGCACGGCACCCAAGGAGCACUCGCACCAGCCCAACCCGAUCCACGAAGUCCCGGGCCAGUCCAUGAACGAGCUCGCCGACGAAUCCGGCCGCACCGAGGCGCUCGACAUGCCGGGCGCAACCAGCGGCGAGAUUCACAACUCGGGGACCUAUGGCAAGCCCAUGCAGGGUCAGACGAGCCGCGAGCAGCGCGGCGCGCACGCCGGCUCCAACAAGAAGGAGCGCAGCGGGUUGGAAGGGGUUGGGAACACGGCCACCACGUCGGAUGAGACGGUCGAGGGCCGGGCGCGGGUGCUUGGUGCGGACCUGCCGGAGGGUGUUGAACGCGGCAUCCGAGGCAAAGGCCCCGGGGCGGAGGAGACGAAUCCUGCCUCUGCCGCGGAGGUGGCGUCUGAGAAAAGACGGUCGUGAGGAGGGGGAUGAGUGGUAAGGGUGGAGCGUGUAUGAUAUUUGGCCAUUACAAUAAGAUAUACGGAUUAGUUAACAUAUUUUAUUCAGGAGCAAAGAGAAAGAAGAAUGGAAG